AGGGCAUUUCAGAAAUAUCGUGACUAUGUGAGGUCCUUACUACUGUCUCUACCUUCGAUAUAAGCUUCGAAGCCCGCCAUUUUUGUUGUGUGAUUUGAGAAGCUCAAAGCCUCAGCUUGAACAGAGAGAGAAAGCUUAAAAUCCUUUUGAAAAGAGAGAAAAUACGGUGAAAAUAGAGAAAAAGCUACGAAAGAAGGUGGAAACAGAAGGAAUAUAGACGUUCAGAGGAAGAAAUUGAACCAGAUGAAGCUAAGGAUGAACAAAGCCUGUGAUUUGAGCUCCAUUUCAGUACUUCCACCUCACUCAAGACGCUCAAAUCCUGUCCCAGCUAAUGGUGACUCAUCCAUCUUCAGCAAGGCUCAGGCACCUCAGCUUCGCAAGUCAGUCAUGCAGUCAACUUUGUCACAGUCACAACAGUCAUAUUCACAAGGAAUGCUAUCUCAGCUCUCUCAGAACUCUCAAGAGGAGAUGGCAACAUAUGAACAAAGGUUUAGUUCUCAAGAAAGGGACAAUUCAAUGAAGAGGAUUUCCUGCUUAGCUCCCAUUACUUGCUCUCGGGAUGAAAGUUCGCAGUUAGCAUUAACAAGAUCAUCAUCUAGCAAUAUGUUGUGUGGAUGGAACUCGUCAUCUGUACCUGAUCAUAGAUUUCCAUUGAACGAAGAUCUUGAACCCAAGAUUGGAGCCAUUGAUGUUGCAUUGAACAAGCUGGGGAUGGUUUUAGAUUCUGUUCAGAGUGACGUCAUGCAAGUAAACAAAACAGUAAAGGAAGUUUCACUCGAGAUGGAAGAUAUUAGAAAGAAGCUUAUUGUUCAGGAUAACACGUUGCAUCUCCUGCUCAAGGACCAGGAGGGCAUCAAAUCUUGCCUUGAUGGAAACCUUAAGACUCUUCCUGAUCAAGUUAGAAAGGAAUCUGCCCUCCCCAAGUUAGAGGAGAUGGGGCAUGUGCUUAAAUCAAUACCUGACCAGAUUGAAAUGCAUUUGUCAAAGAUCAGAUUUGAGAUAUGCGCCAACUUCACCAAAGAAAUGCAGGCCAUGAGGGCAAAUACAAAGCCUUCUGAAGAUGAGCUCCCUAUAGCUGAAUACAAUACAUCGUCUAAUAGAAGAAACCUCAGUAUUGAGAGAUACCACAGACCACAACGUGCCAAAACGAGCAAUCAUCCAGCUCCAGCAAAGGUUCACUCAAGAAGCAAACUGAUACCAAAGACAGAGCCAUUCACCUCGAAACAGUUCAAAUCAGAUACAGUUAUAUGCAUUGAUAGAAGACAUCAAUAUGAGAUAAAGAAAGAAGCUCUUCCCACCAGCAAGGAAAGCGAGUUGAGGAUAAUCAUUGAUUCUGACGAGGAGGUGGACGGUGGUCUUAACUGCCUAUUUGGAGAAACAGAAACAGGGAGACCAACAGCAAGCUACUGGAGCUGUUCAAUUGAGGAAGCAAAGGAAGAAACUAGAAGAAUGUUGAGGAAAGCAAGGAUGAGGAAAAGAAAACAUCAAGGACUGCUAUGCUAUAUUGACUGAUGUACGGGUACGUGUUACAUCGAAGCAUAAUAAAUCCAGUGGUCUCGGUGCUCUCAUUUUUUCUUUGAAAAAGUUAUCACACUCUUUAGUGUGGCCUUCUCAUUGUCCUAGCAAAUUUUCUUCGAUGAAUAAUGGGCACACAUACAUGCUUCCCAGAAACGAUUGAAAGUGUCUGUGCAAAUGCGCCGACGACCAAAGUGAAACCAAUAGACAUUCAUGGUUAUAUGUAUGCCCUCAACAUAUUACAGAAGAACAAUUACGAAAUGCAAUGCAUGCAUUUCCCAUCAGGGUGAUAUUGAGAAUUUAAGUGGUGACAAUGUCUCCACGAAAAAUUGUAUCCUGCUACGUUCAUUCCUUUAGUGUGAAGAAUUUCUUCCAUCCCUAUAUGAAGAAUAGAAAUAACAACUGAAGCAAAAUGGUGAUGGACAAAAGCCGGUUUGUAUUCUUUGCUGUUGCUUCCUUCUAUAAAAACAGUGGUUGUUGCAGUUUGAACAGCACUAACAUUGUAUCCACUAAACGCCAUUUCUAUGAGUUAAUACCAACCUUAUGAAGCAAUGGAUAUAACCAUAUG